GCCUCGGAGCGCGCGGCCUCGUCCCGCCGACCUCGGCCCGCCGGGCCCGCAGUGUGGAGUGCCUGCUCGCUGUGCCCCCGGGUUAUGACGACCCCCAAUAAAGGAAGCAAGGCCUUGAAGGUGAAGCGGGAGCCGGGUGAGAAUGGCACCAGCCUGACAGACGAGGAGCUGGUGACCAUGUCGGUGCGGGAGCUGAACCAGCACCUGCGGGGCCUGUCCAAGGAGGAGAUCAUCCAGUUGAAGCAGCGCAGGCGCACGCUCAAGAACCGUGGCUACGCUGCCAGCUGCCGUGUGAAGCGGGUGACCCAGAAGGAGGAGCUGGAGAAGCAGAAGGCGGAGCUGCAGCAGGAGGUGGAGAAGCUGGCUUCCGAGAACGCCAGCAUGAAGCUGGAGCUCGACGCCCUGCGCUCCAAAUACGAGGCCCUGCAGAACUUCGCCAGGACCGUGGCCCGCAGCCCUGUGGCACCGGCCCGGGGCCCCCUUGCUGCUGGCCUGGGGCCCCUCGUCCCUGGCAAGGUGGCCGCCACCAGUGUCAUCACAAUAGUAAAGUCCAAGACGGACGCCCGGUCGUAGGGAUACGCGGCGUGUUUGCCCAGGCGGGUCUUUGAGGGGCCACUAGGCGCGUGGUGAAUUCGGCAGCCCCGUUUCUUUCCCUUCUCUUCUCUUCCCUUCCCUUCCCUUCCCUUCUCUUCCCUUCUCUUCUCACCUCCCCGCCCCCCUUCAUUCCCUGCAAAGCACAACCUGCACCCCAGGGGCACUGGGCUGAGCCCCUUUGAUCUAGUUGUCGUCGUGUGUUUUGUACGUUGGGAUUGGUCAGUUUGGCGGUGACGGUGAUGUGGGGUUUCCGCAACCCUCUUUGUACCAAGGCCGUGCAGGCUUGGAGUCCAGAGCGGGCACCGUGAGAAUGCAGGAGCAAGUGCUCGCAUACCUGAGCAAGCCCCCGGCCUUGCGUGUCCCCAAGUGGGGAGGGCUCCCGUCUGCCCUCCGCGCUCAGGCGGCUCAGCCCAGCCGAAAGAGAUGGGCCCUGCUCUGAGGAGUAGGGUGUUGGUGAGUGCCCUGAGCGGGUGUGCCACCAGCCUGGGUGCAGCAGGUGCUGGGGGGGGGGUGUGUGGCUGGGGCCAGGGGCCGCGGCACUUGAGCCUGACGCGUUGCGCUGAACGAGACCAAAUCGCUGGUUGUGAGCUUACGUGAAGGGUGUGUCCCGUGUGUCCUGCGAUGGGUCCCGUGUCACUGUUUACAUGACCUAUUUGUGUGGUUAUAUAGCCCUUUAUUUAAAAGAGAGAAGUUCCUUUUACGAAGUUAUUAAAUUAUAUGUUUAAAAGCUAAAGGAAGAAAAGAGCUGCAGAGUAUUUAUAAAACUGUCUUUAAAAAAAAAAGAACAAGCAAGAAGAACAUUUGACCAUAUAAAUGGAAAAGGGAAGAAAGUAUAUUAGAAACUUUGCUAGUU